AUGCGGCGGUGCUUAUGGAGCUGCAGUUUUCUUACAUGUGCAUCGAGAGAAUUGCAGCGGCGCGGUGCGGCCAGCCGGGUCCCCCCACCUCUACCGAAUGUCCGCGGAACUCCGACUCGAUUGGGUUCCGCAACGAAACUCCCCCCGCCUCCACCGUUGCCCGGAGCCGUUGCGUCGACACACGCCGCGUUGCCGUGGAAAUCACCCCAAGAAGUUCUCUUGACGUUCAUUGAAUACAUUCCGACGUUUUACGUUCCCGUACAUUGUGUGGCGGCCAUACUCUCGGAAGACAGUAGGAAAUAUUUUAUCGGCCGUGGCCGUUUCUUGUCUUUUAUUAAGCGGUACCGUUUCUUUUUCGAUGUUCGCGUUAUCGAUGGCGUACGUGCAGAUGUGAAGUUGCGUGAUGAUUUAAACCAUCCACGUCGUGGGGCAGCGGAUGAGAAGUUCGUGAUGACAGACGUAGGGGACGUGAUCAACUAUGUUGCUCUACCUGAGUACAUUGUGUCUCUCGACUCUAUUGAGCAAUCUAAUGGGAGCGUUGCGUUGAAACCAGCAGCGGCCCCCCCAGCCGUGCACGUGCGCUUGGAGGAACGAGUGCCGGUGUUGGAACGAUUAAAGGCCCUUGUGCCAAGUGAAUUUACGCUUAUUGACCAAGUUGAGGAGAGCGUUCCUGAGGAUGUGCUGUUUCAUCCUUAUUUCGAUUGUCAAGGUGGGUUAGUUGCGAUCGCAUCGAAGUUCCCAGAGCAUUUUCAGGUCAUUGAGGGAAUGAUCCGCCGUCGCCCUCCACAUUUGGCGCCUCUGGCUCUUAACGAUUACACGCUCGAUAACUCACCCAUACCGGAUGUUGCCAAGAUGGUGCAGGAGCAGGUGUGCUGUAGUGACAUUCCACAGUGGGUGAAUAUCACCUCCCUAUAUGAGCAGCUCACACGAGACCAAAAAAAGCUGAUUAAGCGUGAGUUUAAGAGCUUUGCAGGUUUCCUGCGGGCUCAUGGGAAGUCACUGUCACUUUCACAAGAUAUGUUACAGGUGGCGAAGUGGAUUCCUCAUCAUAAGAAGGAUCCGACAUCACUGUCGUCGGAGGGGAAUGGUGAUGACAAGAAAGAAGUCAUCACCGAAGGCAGUUCUGAUGGUGCCGCUAGAGGGAAUGGUAGUGACACCUCCGCAAGAGCGGCCCCGCAAACCGCGAUGAAGGUUCAAUAUGAGUACACGCACAUACAGGUGAUAAAUGAGCUCUUUGAUAAAUUUCCUUCAAACCGCACACUCAAUCUUGUGGAGGUUCUCGAACUUGUUAGGCCUGAUAUGCGAUAUUCCCUACCGAAAAAGGUAGUUGCCUGGCUUGCUUCGUAUCCGUCCUACUUUGUGGUGGACGAUCCCACCGAAAAGGAUCCCCAAAAAGUUCGGAUUCGACGUGCUUCCGAUCGCCAACCGCUGGACAUUGCCUUCGAACUGUACCAGUAUAUUCCUCAGGAAGGUAUCACUGAAGAUGAGCUUCUACCCAAGUUGUCAGAUUUUCACCGUGAGCAUGUAAAGCGCAUGGGGUUGCCCCACGUUGUGAAUUCCCUAUCUGAGUGGCUGAUUCUGGAGGAGAGGAAUAGUGAUGGGAAGAUGGUACUGAAGCGCUUGCAAACAGAGUUGGAGUUGGAGCGCGCUAUAUGUUCGAAGGACUCCGUGCAGGCUGGUGGUGGUGGUGGUGGUCACAGGGACUCUGCUGACAGUCUAGAUGAUAAGGAAAUUGAAAAGAUGUGGCCGAAGCUGAAGUACGAAGGGGUUAUGCAGUCCCAGUCGCGUGCGCACCAUCGUCGUCGAUAA